AUGGACUUGAGCCAUAACCUCGAGAUCCUUUCCAUCGAGAGGUUGGAAAAUGUCUCCCUUGAAGACCUUGGAGCUCGAGUUGACCGAAACAUUUAUUCUACCAUCUCCAAGCAACAGGCUCUCGACACAUAUUUGGGGUGGCUUCGAGAGCAGCUCUCCAGGGACAUGUUUGUCCAAGAGGUGGACAUCAUCAAGGACUGGACCACAUCCCUACUCAAUCGAAGCUUCAACAAAGAGGACAUUUUAACAUCGUUCAAGCAGUGGCAAAAUCAAGAAGCAUUGGUUGACCGGUCAACCCUUCGCAGGUUUUUGAUGGUUGAGCGGGAGCUGUCUGAUUUUCUAGAAAACCCGACUCGUGGCAACAGCACCAAAAGGGAGCAGUCGCCUCCUACGGAAAAGGAAAAUAUUGAGCCUCGCUCUCGAACGGCAAAACGACAGACUGGGGCAAACGAAACUCCUGUGGGAGAACGUCGACCUUUGGGGACCUCUUCCACCCAUCGCGAGGUUUCAAAGAAACAAUCCAGCGGCCCGGUUCAUUUAACAAUGCGCCCAAGUCACAAGAAUCAUACAUUACCGAGUAUCAGCUCCACGCCUAGAACAGCUGGUCAUUCCUCUGUGGCGGACAAGGAGGGAGGCCACUCUGACAGGAAUAACCUCGACUCGUCUACAGAAAAGACGCCUCGGGGUCGUCAUUCGGAUGAUGAUAUGCCAGUUUGGGCGAGUUACCCCAAGGACUACAAGACAGCAGUGAAGAAUGGCUCCUUGGAUAAUACCCACCCUCACAAGGGUUACGUCUGCAAUCGUUGUGGCCAAGGGGGUCAUUGGGUUCAUCUCUGUCCGACGAAUUUGGACCCCUCUUAUGACUCUGCUCCAGCCCCGGAUUAUGCAUGCAAAUUGUGCGGAGAGAAGGGUCUACAUUUUUGGUGCCUAUGCCCGUCGAACAAAGACAAAUCGUCAAUAACUCAACAGCGAAAGAGAGCUGGUAUCCCUGCCUCGAUCGAACUCGUGCGAGAGAAAAGACGAUCACCUGAAGUUCUUAGAAUUUCUGCUCGUGCCAGAGACACGUCUCGUUCUCGGCGUAGGGAAACAGAGGGCCAUGAUCAGCGCUAUCGAGCUGAUCAACGCUCAUACUCUCCUCGCCGCCGGGAUGACAGAAGUUUGGCAGGGGAGCGUAUUCGGCGUUCUCCAGGUCAGGAACGCUCGAGACUUUCACCUCGGCGUGAGCGCGCUGUGCAUUCGCCGUACCGUGAGCGUUCCUGGCGUUCAAGGAGCCGGGAACGCGAUGAGGACGUGGACAGAAAAUCUCGGACUCGGCAACAUGACGGAAGAGUCACGACUAACCACUCUAGAACAAAGGACUCAUCAACACGCAGUCGGUCGAGACAGAGCCAGUCUAGCCGUAGAAGAUCAGAAAGACGCCGUCAUCACGUUGACACUUACCCACGUGAUCAUGGCCGACUUCGUUAUGAGAGUGAUGAUGGUAAUGACACCUACGCUGACUCCCGGGAGAAGCCUGGUCACAGGGUUGCAAGCAACACGCCUAGAACGCCCUCUCCUAGCAUUCGGCUGGGAUCGGUGACUCCAUGUCCCGGCGAAGCCAUGGUUGACGCCGACACUCCCUCUACACAAGACGCUCAAACAUCUGAAGCUGUCGCUGAAGCCAAUCUUUUCCUUUGCAGUCUCGACAAUCAAAUUCUAGAGGACCAUGUUGAGAGAGCCUGCAAGCAAGAGAUGACUUCAAUCAUGGAAGUGGUCUGCGGAGACGAAGACCCUUUCCUUUACCAAGACAACCACGGUGUCCUCUGUAAAAGAGUCACCAACCCCCCUUAUGAUGAUCAAGUUGUGCAACUCUUUGCACUCCGAUCCAACCCCAUCAUUCGGCCCCAAACCAAGCGAGCCCCAGCUUUGAAUUACUGGGACAACAAUGUCCAGUCCAAAUUUGAGGAUAUGGCUCCCGAGGAUCAUUAUGUCUUCCACUGA